AUGAGAAUACUUAACCAUUAUAAAAUAUCAAGAGUUGCUAAGGAAGCAGAAACAGCGCACGAAAAAUUAAAACGUAUCAUAGAAACAACAUAUGCUACUAGAAACUAUUUACUGGCAGGUUUUUCACUUUUCUUUACAUUAGUUACUUGGAGAUUAUUUGACUUUAUAAUAUUUUCAGCAAAACUUUAUGAAUUCUCUCAACUGAUGUCAAAUUAUCAUGUGAUUGACCUCAGCUGUAUUCAAGAUUCAUCUGAACCACGUCCAUCCAUUAUAAACGACAAUUUUGAGUUUGAAGAAGAAGAAAAUGAUGGCGAAAACAUAAAAUGGCCUUCCGUAAUCAAACUACAUAAGCAAGAUGCUAAAACACUAAAAUCUUUUUUCCAAACAGAUGAAAUUAAAAGUGAGAAGGGACCAACUGAAGAAGGUAAAAUUGUUAGAGAUGAUAUUAAUGGUGCAGUGGAAACAAACAGUAAAAAGACGGAACAAGUUCUAGAAAAUUCGACAAACGUUCCAGAAGAGCGAGAUAAAAAAGACUAG